AUGCCUUUGGUAUUUGAUACUUCGUUAAGUCUAGCCUCCGUAAUAGGCAUUAGUUUACAUAAGUAUCUUUUGAAACUUGCGGAUGUAUCGGAUCCAUUUCAUCAACCAUAUCAAACAUUAAAUUAUAUACCAUCUGAUUAUACUGUUCUUCAUUCAGUAACAAUCAAUUUAUCAGAAUCAAAAACUAACCAACGUGUAAGUGAACUAAAAUCAACCACCAGCACUGCACCUCGUGUGCUCUUUCUUGGUUCAUAUCCACCUCGUCGAUGUGGCUUGGCUAAAUUCUUGGAAGAUUUAACAGAAAACUAUCCGGGUCCUUACAAUGUUGUUGCAAUUGAUGAACAGAAUGUAGAUCCAUCAAGUCGAAAUUAUUCUGACAAGGUUAUUUUUCGUCUCAAUCAACAAAAUCGAGAUGACUACUAUAGAGUAGCUGAUAUAGUAAAUUCAGAAGCGUAUGAUGUUUUUAAUUUGCAACAUGAAUUUAAUCUUUAUGGUGGAAUGGUCGGUGAAUAUGUUGUAAAUCUUUUGGCUUCUAUAAGAAAACCUGUGAUCCUCACACUACACACCAUUCCUUCAAAUCCAAAUACUUUUUAUAUGAGUCUGACACGUGCUAUGUGUGCUACAUCGACUCGUAUAAUCGUUUUAUCGGAACGUGGUCGUCAACUUCUUAUUGAUGUUUAUGGAGUGAAUGAAGAAAAGAUCUCUGUUAUUCCUCAUGGUGUGCCUGAUAGUCCAUUUGCUCAUUCAUUAGCUGAUGCAAAGACAAAAUUAGGUCUUGAAGCAAAUAUGCCAACGAUGACUACAUUUGGUUUACUACAUAGAAACAAGAACAUUCAGCUGACUUUAAAAGCAAUGCAAACAGUUGUCAAAACAAUUCCAAAUGUAAUGUAUUUAAUCAUUGGUCAAACUCAUCCACAAAUUCAAAUGUCUGAAGGAGAAUCUUAUCGUCAAGAACUUGAAAACAAUGUAACUGCAUACGGUUUGAUUAACAAUGUUCGUUUUAUUAAUAAAUAUGUGAAUGACAAUGAACUUCUUGCUUAUCUUGGUGCCACUGAUAUUUUUUUAACACCUUAUGCUACUGACGAUCAAUAUGUGAGUGGUACACUUUCUUGGGCAGUAGGUUUAGGCAAGGGUGUCAUUUCAACACCCUAUUUAUAUGCUAAGGAAUUAUUAGACAAUGGUCGUGGUUUCCUGACUCCAUUCAAUGAUCAUCUUUCAUUGAGUUCAUUGAUCAUUAAACUAUUUCAAAAUGAUGAAAUCCUAAAGACAGCUCGCCAAAAUGCCUAUGCAUUUGGUCGUCAAAUGGUUUGGCCCGUUGUAGGUAGUAGACUUCAGGAAAUCUGUCGUGAACUGGUUUCGUCUGCUUGA